CUGAUUAUAAAGUGUCUGACGCACAGUUCCGCAGCCUCCACAGGCUGCCGACAGCGCCGGUCAUCCUCGCCGCAGACAUCACCCCAAAGCCGGUGUGUGUCCCUCUGUGUCACGAUGGCAGAGAGCUCACACUGUUUCUACUGCCGGGAGGACCUUGGGGGAAAGAGGUUUGUCCGCAGUGAGGGUCGGCCGGUGUGCAUCCGCUGCCACACUAAAUUCUGCGCCAACAGCUGCGCCGAGUGCCAUCGGCCCAUCUCUGUGGAGACAAAGGAGCUCAGCCAUAAGGGCCGACACUGGCAUGAGGAGUGUUUCCGCUGUUGUAAAUGUUACAAACCUCUGGCCAAAGAACCUUUCAGCACCAAGGAUGACCGCAUCAUGUGUGGAAAGUGCUGCUCCAGAGAGGAUGCUCCACGCUGCCACGGCUGCUACAAACCCAUCCUGGCUGGCACAGAGAGUAUGGAGUACAAAGGCAACGCGUGGCAUGAUGACUGCUUCACCUGUUCCAACUGUAAACGCCCAAUAGGAUCACAGAGUUUCCUUUCCAAAGGAAAUGACAUUUACUGCAGCCCCUGCUAUGACAAGAAGUUUGCCAAACAUUGUGUUAGCUGCAAAAAGCCCAUCACCUCUGGAGGAGUGAACUACCAGGACCAGCCCUGGCACGGUCACUGUUUUGUGUGCAGCACCUGCUCGAAGCCUCUGGCCGGGACCAGCUUCACCAACCACCAGGACCAGGUUUUCUGCGUCGAGUGCUACAAGAACACAGUGGCUAAGAAAUGCAGUGGCUGCCACAACCCUAUCACAGGUUUUGGUAAAGGCGUGAACGUUGUGAACUACGAGGGCAGCUCAUGGCAUGAAUACUGCUUCAACUGCAAGAGAUGCUCCCUCAGUUUGUCCAACAAACGUUUUGUAGCCAAUGGCAAAGAUAUCCUCUGUACCGACUGUGGCAACAAGUAGUUGUAUGUUUGCUUUCGUUUUUCUUUCUUUCUUUUUUAAAAUAAAAAGAUAAAGUUUCACUCUUUGCCAAUACAUAUAUUUUUAUUAUUAUUAUUAAAGGUUCAUUUUGGAGAAUUUAUGAAUGCUUGUGUGUUCAUAUGAAGUUUGUGUCAGAGUCUGUUUUGUGCUGCGAUCUGGGUCUGUGUCUUUGACAUCCAUGAUAACAGCCUGUACACUGGCUUCUGUGUGGAGGAGUUGGACAUUUUUUUUCUGCAAAAAUCCUUCAGUGUCUUUGUUCUGGUCAGUUAACAAAGAAAACAAGCAGCUCUCAUCACACCACAGACUCCACACAUUUCAUACACAAAUCUUCCAUACUGAACCUUAAAAUUUAUUUUUUAUUUUUUUUUUAAUCUUUGAAUCAACUUUCUGGGGCUAAAUUCUAAUUUGUGUCUAUUGUUGAAUGUUUGCUUCAGGCUGACGUAAACAUACAUUGUGUUGAGUAAUAUGUUAAAAGUGAAAAAUGAGAAUCUGAGGAUGAAAAUUACAUGCUCUUACAUUUUAUGUAGUUCAGUGCAAUAGCUACUCUUUAAAAUAAAUGUGUACGAGGAAAAAUUACUAAAAUAUGGAUAUAAAUUGUAAUAUGAACAAUAGAUGUUAAUAUGAAGAUAUAUUGUAUUUCGAGAGACAUGAGACUUGUGCAUCCACACCUUCCCUGUGUUUUUGAGUAGAUCUGAUCUAAUCAUAGGGGUAUUGAAUAUGUGAUUGACACCUGUAAUUACCAGUUACUGAUCAGAUUCUAUCAGAUGUAACCUGGAUGUGACUCUCCUGCUCUGUUCAUUUACUGAUGCCGAAGCUUGACAAAGUGGCUCCAUUUUGCCAAAACAUAAAUGAUGUCAGCUCAUCUAGAUUUAUAUUUAGUCUUUUGAUUUGGUCUGAGCAGAGAUAGUGGCAGAGGGAAGGUGUGAAUUGGUGUGUUUUAACCCCUUAGUUUGGCUUCUGCAGCUUUAACAAGUAUUCCUAAUGGCUGGUUUUCACUUUCACUCAACACUGUGUAUGCUGUAGUGUUAGCAUUCAAAGGUAAUUAUAUUUUUUAAAAAAGGUUCAAGGUGAUGCAUUUGAGGGUUAGGGUUAAGGUGCGGGUUAUUCGUUUCACUCUUUGCUUAACCUCUGGAGACCCAGCAAUGCAUUUUUGGCUUCUGUAGCGGACAAAGGUUUCACAACUUUACUUAAGAAAUGAGCUAAAAACCAAAAAUGCCGUCCACUGCAAAGCACAUUUCAUGAAAAAAGAAAAUGUAUUCGAAAAAACUGUUGCAUUAUGCCGUUUCCAAUCAAGACAAUUAUUUAAUGUAAAAAAGCCAAAACUUUUACUUUCCUGGGUCUCAGGAGGUUAAAUCUGCUUCUGAUGGUAAUAAAAACCUUGUUUCUGAUCGCUGAUUUAUAUGUACUUAUGAAAGCUGUUUUUAAUUUUAUAAUGACCAAACACAAUAAUACUUAAAAAACCAUAACCUGUGUUAUAACUAUGUUUCUAUGAAUUCCUUUGGGGUUUGUAUGAUUAUCAUAUGUUUUGAGUAAACUAACUUUUAUGCACUUUCUAAAACCAUGUUUCUUCUGUCGGUUUUAUUUCAAACAAAAAACGUAAAUAUCAACUUGCAAUAUAUGCAAACCGCAUGCUUCAUGUGUUAUAAAAAAAUAAAAUUUCUAUAAAACUGA